AACCUAAGCAAGAUUCAGGUACUUGAUAACUUUUAACUGCAUGGUUCUCCCCCACCCUUGCCUCUAAUGAUAAUGCCUCAAGUGGCAGCAAAGUCUUCAGGUAAAUGUAGAGCAGGGGGCUUUCUUCAGCCUUUGAGAGAGACAAAAUGAACAAGAGAAGCUAAGGACAGAAAAAUUAUUUGAAUGCAGUCCUGCUUUUGUAUCUUGUUAGUUUGUUUAUAUACAUCAAUAAAUGGAGAGCGCUAGGAGAAGGAAAACAAGAGGUGAUCAUGAAACGACAACAGUGAUUCUGGAUAUGGUUGAGAGCAGAAGUGAGGGGGAUUUUUUUUUUUUAAUUUUUAUACGUAUAAGGUGUGUGUGUGCAUGUGUGUAAAAUAUAUAGGCAAUGAACAUGGGCACCAAAAUAACUAUGAGGAGGGCCAGCCCAGGGAAGAUUUUCAUAAGGAAAAAUAUAAAGUGCAUUACCAACUUAGUAUCUCUGGCACAGGCGGAUCAAAAGCGAAUUGGCCAAAUUGAAAGAGAUAAUAAGAAGCUCUUGGAGCGACUAGCUGAGAUACACCGAGGGACGGGGAAAGUGGACUGCUGGAAUGAGCACUUUCGGAGGAGCGCAAAUAGAGAUAAGCAGAACAGGGAAAUAGUGAAGAUCACUGUGGAAAACCAAGGUAUUCUGAAGAGGCUUGUUGACCGUAAGCCUAAUUACGAUCAUAAGAAGUCUGAGAGUGGUUGGCAGGCAUGUACAUUAAUUUUUCUUUAGUAUAUUAUUCUUUUAUAUCUUCAAACUAAGGAAAACGUAUGGGAUGAGUUUAAUACUAUGGGGAUGUUUUUAAAACGGCAGCUACUUAGCUAUCUGGAUUAUUGAACUAGAAAAAUUUGUACCUUAAUAAAUCAGGAAGUAAUCAGAAAACAGUAGGUAAUCAGAAAAGGGAGCGUUUU